AUGCCAGUGUGGACGGUGUAUUUGUGGUCCCUGCCUUUCUAUCAUGAGGACAAGCUACAGGCUUAUGUCAGUGGAGCCCAAGUCCGCAUCAAGACCGCCUUCGCUCUGACGGUGACCUUCGACGGGAGCAGCCUGGUCCGGGUCACUGUGCCCAGCACCUACGCCAACGCCCUCUGCGGACUGUGUGGUGACAACAACCAAACUGCCAGUGACGACCUGACCAUGAGGAAUGGGAGCCGUGCGGCGAACGCCGUCCAGUUCGCUGAGAGCUGGAAGGUGGGGGAGGUCCCUGGAUGCUUGCCCAGUUGCACCAAGGACUGCCCAGUCUGCAGUGAGGCUCAGAGACAACCCUAUAAGGGAGAGCGGUACUGUGGGGUCAUCACUAGAGGGAACGGGCCAUUCCGAGAGUGCCAUGAGGUCAUCGACCCAGCUCCCUUCUUCGACGACUGCGUCUUUGAUACCUGCCAGUACAAGGGUCACCGGGAUGCUCUCUGCAGCGCGAUCAGCGCCUACGUGACGGCCUGCCAGGCCAAGGGCAUCCAGAUAAGGCAGUGGAGGUCAACCUCAUUCUGCAGCACCACCUGCCCCAGUAACUCCCACUACGAGCUCUGUGGGAAUGGCUGCCCUGCCACCUGCCACAGCCUCUCGGCGCCGGACGGCUGCAACGCCCCCUGUUCUGAAGGGUGUUUCUGCAAUGCCGGGUUCCUCCUGAGCGGAGACCGGUGCGUCCCCGUUGCGCAGUGCGGCUGUGUGCACCAGGGCAGGUACUACAGGAAGGGAGAGGUGUUCUACACCAAGGCUUCCUGCCGGGAGAAGUGCCAGUGCAAAGACAAUGGGGGGGUGCAGUGUUGGGAGACCUCGUGUGCAGCGAAUGAGCAGUGCAAAGUGGUGGAUGGCGUCCGGAAAUGCCACCCUGUCGUAUCGGCAACGUGUUCUGCUGCCGGGGACCCCCACUACCUCUCCUUCGAUGGAGUCGCCUUCGAUUUCCAAGGCACCUGCACCUACAUCCUGGCCAAGACCUGCGCUGAUGCCGGGAACCUGACGUCCUUCUCCGUGAAGGUGGAGAACAAGCCCUGGGGCAACGGCAAGGUGUCUGUCACCAAGCUGGUGUCUGUGGAGGUCUACGGGCUCACGCUCACCCUGCUGCAGAACAGGAAGGGGCUCGUCAUGGUGGACGGGGUGUCUCACAACCUCCCUGUGGUCGUGGCCGAUGGGCAGCUCCAAGCAUAUCAGCACGGCGGGAACGUGCUGGUGCAAACGGACUUUGGCCUCACCGUCAGCUACGACCUGCUUUACCACGCCAGAGUCACCGUCCCAGGGAACUACCAGGGCCAGACAUGCGGCCUGUGUGGGAACUACAACGGGCGUCGGGACGAUGAGUUCCUGCUCCCCGAUGGCAGGGCGGCCCCUAAUGUGGCAGCGUUCGGUUCCGCCUGGAAAGUCCCAAUCCCGGGAGCGGCCUGUGAGGACGGAUGCGCCGGGAACAGCUGCCCGGUCUGCAAGGAGAGAAAGAGGGACUUCUUCAAACAGCGCAAGUACUGUGGUCUGCUCACGGCCCCAGAUGGCCCUUUUGCUGCAUGCCACAGCACGGUCAGCCCCACUGUGUAUUUCAACAACUGCCUGUAUGAUCUGUGCCUGGGCAACGGAGAUUCCCAGGUCCUGUGCCAGAGCAUCUACAGCUACGUGACAGCCUGCCAAGAGGCCCGGGUCACCAUCCAGCCCUGGAGGAGCGCCUCCUUCUGCCCUCUGCGCUGCCCGGACAACGGUCACUACGAGCUGUGCGCCGACCUCUGUACCACUACAUGUGCCAGGAUCACCGACGCCAGGAAGUGCCCAGACACCUGCGCCGAAGGCUGCCAGUGCGACGAUGGCUUCCUCUUCGACGGCCAGGGCUGCGUGCCUCUGCAGAGCUGUGGGUGCUUCAACAUGGGGCUAUAUUACAAGCCUAAUGAGAUGGUUCUGACCAACAAGUGCCAGCAAAACUGCACCUGCACUCCUGCCCAAGGGAUGACCUGUGAAGCUCACAGCUGCUCCAGUGAUGAAACCUAUCCCUGCAAGGACCUGACAUGUCGGGCCAAGGAGACGUGCAAGAUCGAGAACGGCCGUGCAAUGUGUGUUCCCAACUUCAUUGGAACCUGCUGGGGCUGGGGGGACCCGCACUAUCACACUUUCGACGGGCUGAGCUUCAACUUCCAGGGCACCUGCACCUACACCUUGGCCAAGUACUGCGGGACCGACCCCACCCUGGUGCCCUUCACCAUCGAUGAGAAGAACGACAACAGGGGUGGCAACCAGGCUGUCUCCUACGUGCGCCUGACCAACAUCUCCGUCUACGGGUACAACAUCUCCAUCCACAAGAGGGAAGUUGGGAAAAUCAGAAUCAAUGACGUGACCACCAGCUUGCCAGUGACCCUUGAAGACGGUAAAAUCAAGCUCUACCAGAGCGGUCUCAAUGCUAUCCUGCAGACAGACUUUGGUCUGCAGGUGUCGUAUGACUGGAAUUGGCACCUGAUCAUCACCCUCCCCAGCAGCUAUUAUGGGGCCAUGGGCGGCCUAUGUGGGAACUUCAACCAAAACCGUGGAGAUGACAUGACAUCACCCAAUGGUACCAGAGUCUCCUCCAUUGUGGAAUGGGCCAGGAGCUGGAAAGUCAAAGACCAGGACCCCUUCUGUUGGGAUGUUUGCAAAGGGAAUUGCCCAACGUGUGAUGAGAGCAAGCAGAUGAUCUAUAGGGGCGACGAAUACUGUGGUUUGAUCAGCAAAGCACCAGGAGGGCCCUUCAGAGAGUGUCACUCCAAAGUGAACCCUGAGGACAUUUUUGACAGCUGCAUCUAUGAUGUGUGUCUGAACGGAGGAGCCAAGAACAUCCUGUGCCAGGCUCUGGAGGCCUACGCAGCCAUCUGCAAGAAACAGGGCAUCACUGUCUAUGACUGGAGGACGCCAUCCGGCUGUGUCCCAAUCUGCCCUGAGAACAGCCACUACGAGGCCUGUGGGAACGCCUGCCCAGCCAGCUGCUCCGACCAAAUUGCCAACUCCUCCUGCCAGGAGCCCUGCGUGGAGACCUGCCAGUGUGACAACGGUUACGUCCUGAGUGCCGGCCAGUGUGUCUCCGUGGGGAGCUGUGGCUGUGACUACAAUGGCCGCUACUACAAACCCAGUGAGGAGUUCUGGGCCGAUGAGAACUGCCACUCUCGGUGCAGGUGUGACCCCAGCCUCAACCUGGUGGUUUGCCAGGAGACCAGCUGCAAGGCUAGCGAGAGAUGUGCCGUGAUCAACGGGGUCCGUGACUGCCACCCAAUUAGCUACUCCACCUGCACGGCGUCCGGGGACCCUCACUACACCACCUUUGAUGGAAAAAAGUACGAUUUCAUGGGCACCUGCAUCUACCAGUUGGCUGGGGUCUGCUCCGAGGACCCCACGCUCACCCCGUUCAACGUCAAGGUGGAGAAUAACAACCGUGGCAGCAAGGCCGUGUCCUACACCAAAGCGGUGACCUUGGAGGUGUACGGCAGAAACAUCACUGUCAGCCAGCAAUAUCCCCGCAAGAUCAAGGUGGACGGUGUAUUUGUGGCCCUGCCUUUCUAUCAUGAGGACAAGCUACAGGCUUAUGUCAGUGGAGCCCAAGUCCGCAUCAAGACCGCCUUCGCUCUGACGGUGACCUUCGACGGGAGCAGCCUGGUCCGGGUCACUGUGCCCAGCACCUACACCAACGCCCUCUGCGGACUGUGUGGUGACAACAACCAAACUGCCAGUGACGACCUGACCAUGAGGAAUGGGAGCCGUGCGGCGAACGCCGUCCAGUUCGCUGAGAGCUGGAAGGUGGGGGAGGUCCCUGGAUGCUUGCCCAGUUGCACCAAGGACUGCCCAGUCUGCAGUGAGGCUCAGAGACAACCCUAUAAGGGAGAGCGGUACUGUGGGGUCAUCACUAGAGGGAACGGGCCAUUCCGAGAGUGCCAUGAGGUCAUCGACCCAGCUCCCUUCUUCGACGACUGUGUCUUUGAUACCUGCCAGUACAAGGGUCACCGGGAUGCUCUCUGCAGCGCGAUCAGCGCCUACGUGACGGCCUGCCAGGCCAAGGGCAUCCAGAUAAGGCAGUGGAGGUCAACCUCAUUCUGCAGCACCACCUGCCCCAGUAACUCCCACUACGAGCUCUGUGGGAAUGGCUGCCCUGCCACCUGCCACAGCCUCUCGGCGCCGGACGGCUGCAACGCCCCCUGUUCUGAAGGGUGUUUCUGCAAUGCCGGGUUCCUCCUGAGCGGAGACCGGUGCGUCCCCGUUGCGCAGUGCGGCUGUGUGCACCAGGGCAGGUACUACAGGAAGGGAGAGGUGUUCUACACCAAGGCUUCCUGCCGGGAGAAGUGCCAGUGCAAAGACAAUGGGGGGGUGCAGUGUUGGGAGACCUCGUGUGCAGCGAAUGAGCAGUGCAAAGUGGUGGAUGGCGUCCGGAAAUGCCACCCUGUCGUAUCGGCAACGUGUUCUGCUGCCGGGGACCCCCACUACCUCUCCUUCGAUGGAGUCGCCUUCGAUUUCCAAGGCACCUGCACCUACAUCCUGGCCAAGACCUGCGCUGAUGCCGGGAACCUGACGUCCUUCUCCGUGAAGGUGGAGAACAAGCCCUGGGGCAACGGCAAGGUGUCUGUCACCAAGCUGGUGUCUGUGGAGGUCUACGGGCUCACGCUCACCCUGCUGCAGAACAGGAAGGGGCUCGUCAUGGUGGACGGGGUGUCUCACAACCUCCCUGUGGUCGUGGCCGAUGGGCAGCUCCAAGCAUAUCAGCACGGCGGGAACGUGCUGGUGCAAACGGACUUUGGCCUCACCGUCAGCUACGACCUGCUUUACCACGCCAGAGUCACCGUCCCAGGGAACUACCAGGGCCAGACAUGCGGCCUGUGUGGGAACUACAACGGGCGUCGGGACGAUGAGUUCCUGCUCCCCGAUGGCAGGGCGGCCCCUAAUGUGGCAGCGUUCGGUUCCGCCUGGAAAGUCCCAAUCCCGGGAGCGGCCUGUGAGGACGGAUGCGCCGGGAACAGCUGCCCGGUCUGCAAGGAGAGAAAGAGGGACUUCUUCAAACAGCGCAAGUACUGUGGUCUGCUCACGGCCCCAGAUGGCCCUUUUGCUGCAUGCCACAGCACGGUCAGCCCCACUGUGUAUUUCAACAACUGCCUGUAUGAUCUGUGCCUGGGCAACGGAGAUUCCCAGGUCCUGUGCCAGAGCAUCUACAGCUACGUGACAGCCUGCCAAGAGGCCCGGGUCACCAUCCAGCCCUGGAGGAGCGCCUCCUUCUGCCCUCUGCGCUGCCCGGACAACGGUCACUACGAGCUGUGCGCCGACCUCUGUACCACUACAUGUGCCAGGAUCACCGACGCCAGGAAGUGCCCAGACACCUGCGCCGAAGGCUGCCAGUGCGACGAUGGCUUCCUCUUCGACGGCCAGGGCUGCGUGCCUCUGCAGAGCUGUGGGUGCUUCAACAUGGGGCUAUAUUACAAGCCUAAUGAGAUGGUUCUGACCAACAAGUGCCAGCAAAACUGCACCUGCACUCCUGCCCAAGGGAUGACCUGUGAAGCUCACAGCUGCUCCAGUGAUGAAACCUAUCCCUGCAAGGACCUGACAUGUCGGGCCAAGGAGACGUGCAAGAUCGAGAACGGCCGUGCAAUGUGUGUUCCCAACUUCAUUGGAACCUGCUGGGGCUGGGGGGACCCGCACUAUCACACUUUCGACGGGCUGAGCUUCAACUUCCAGGGCACCUGCACCUACACCUUGGCCAAGUACUGCGGGACCGACCCCACCCUGGUGCCCUUCACCAUCGAUGAGAAGAACGACAACAGGGGUGGCAACCAGGCUGUCUCCUACGUGCGCCUGACCAACAUCUCCGUCUACGGGUACAACAUCUCCAUCCACAAGAGGGAAGUUGGGAAAAUCAGAAUCAAUGACGUGACCACCAGCUUGCCAGUGACCCUUGAAGACGGUAAAAUCAAGCUCUACCAGAGCGGUCUCAAUGCUAUCCUGCAGACAGACUUUGGUCUGCAGGUGUCGUAUGACUGGAAUUGGCACCUGAUCAUCACCCUCCCCAGCAGCUAUUAUGGGGCCAUGGGCGGCCUAUGUGGGAACUUCAACCAAAACCGUGGAGAUGACAUGACAUCACCCAAUGGUACCAGAGUCUCCUCCAUUGUGGAAUGGGCCAGGAGCUGGAAAGUCAAAGACCAGGACCCCUUCUGUUGGGAUGUUUGCAAAGGGAAUUGCCCAACGUGUGAUGAGAGCAAGCAGAUGAUCUAUAGGGGCGACGAAUACUGUGGUUUGAUCAGCAAAGCACCAGGAGGGCCCUUCAGAGAGUGUCACUCCAAAGUGAACCCUGAGGACAUUUUUGACAGCUGCAUCUAUGAUGUGUGUCUGAACGGAGGAGCCAAGAACAUCCUGUGCCAGGUGCUGGAGGCCUACGCAGCCAUCUGCAAGAAACAGGGCAUCACUGUCUAUGACUGGAGGACGCCAUCCGGCUGUGUCCCAAUCUGCCCUGAGAACAGCCACUACGAGGCCUGUGGGAACGCCUGCCCAGCCAGCUGCUCCGACCAAAUUGCCAACUCCUCCUGCCAGGAGCCCUGCGUGGAGACCUGCCAGUGUGACAACGGUUACGUCCUGAGUGCCGGCCAGUGUGUCUCCGUGGGGAGCUGUGGCUGUGACUACAAUGGCCGCUACUACAAACCCAGUGAGGAGUUCUGGGCCGAUGAGAACUGCCACUCUCGGUGCAGGUGUGACCCCAGCCUCAACCUGGUGGUUUGCCAGGAGACCAGCUGCAAGGCUAGCGAGAGAUGUGCCGUGAUCAACGGGGUCCGUGACUGCCACCCAAUUAGCUACUCCACCUGCACGGCGUCCGGGGACCCUCACUACACCACCUUUGAUGGGAAAAAGUACGAUUUCAUGGGCACCUGCAUCUACCAGUUGGCUGGGGUCUGCUCCGAGGACCCCACGCUCACCCCGUUCAACGUCAAGGUGGAGAAUAACAACCGUGGCAGCAAGGCCGUGUCCUACACCAAAGCGGUGACCUUGGAGGUGUACGGCAGAAACAUCACUGUCAGCCAGCAAUAUCCCCGCAAGAUCAAGGUGGACGGUGUAUUUGUGGCCCUGCCUUUCUAUCAUGAGGACAAGCUACAGGCUUAUGUCAGUGGAGCCCAAGUCCGCAUCAAGACCGCCUUCGCUCUGACGGUGACCUUCGACGGGAGCAGCCUGGUCCGGGUCACUGUGCCCAGCACCUACGCCAACGCCCUCUGCGGACUGUGUGGUGACAACAACCAAACUGCCAGUGACGACCUGACCAUGAGGAAUGGGAGCCGUGCGGCGAACGCCGUCCAGUUCGCUGAGAGCUGGAAGGUGGGGGAGGUCCCUGGAUGCUUGCCCAGUUGCACCAAGGACUGCCCAGUCUGCAGUGAGGCUCAGAGACAACCCUAUAAGGGAGAGCGGUACUGUGGGGUCAUCACUAGAGGGAACGGGCCAUUCCGAGAGUGCCAUGAGGUCAUCGACCCAGCUCCCUUCUUCGACGACUGCGUCUUUGAUACCUGCCAGUACAAGGGUCACCGGGAUGCUCUCUGCAGCGCGAUCAGCGCCUACGUGACGGCCUGCCAGGCCAAGGGCAUCCAGAUAAGGCAGUGGAGGUCAACCUCAUUCUGCAGCACCACCUGCCCCAGUAACUCCCACUACGAGCUCUGUGGGAAUGGCUGCCCUGCCACCUGCCACAGCCUCUCGGCGCCGGACGGCUGCAACGCCCCCUGUUCUGAAGGGUGUUUCUGCAAUGCCGGGUUCCUCCUGAGCGGAGACCGGUGCGUCCCCGUUGCGCAGUGCGGCUGUGUGCACCAGGGCAGGUACUACAGGAAGGGAGAGGUGUUCUACACCAAGGCUUCCUGCCGGGAGAAGUGCCAGUGCAAAGACAAUGGGGGGGUGCAGUGUUGGGAGACCUCGUGUGCAGCGAAUGAGCAGUGCAAAGUGGUGGAUGGCGUCCGGAAAUGCCACCCUGUCGUAUCGGCAACGUGUUCUGCUGCCGGGGACCCCCACUACCUCUCCUUCGAUGGAGUCGCCUUCGAUUUCCAAGGCACCUGCACCUACAUCCUGGCCAAGACCUGCGCUGAUGCCGGGAACCUGACGUCCUUCUCCGUGAAGGUGGAGAACAAGCCCUGGGGCAACGGCAAGGUGUCUGUCACCAAGCUGGUGUCUGUGGAGGUCUACGGGCUCACGCUCACCCUGCUGCAGAACAGGAAGGGGCUCGUCAUGGUGGACGGGGUGUCUCACAACCUCCCUGUGGUCGUGGCCGAUGGGCAGCUCCAAGCAUAUCAGCACGGCGGGAACGUGCUGGUGCAAACGGACUUUGGCCUCACCGUCAGCUACGACCUGCUUUACCACGCCAGAGUCACCGUCCCAGGGAACUACCAGGGCCAGACAUGCGGCCUGUGUGGGAACUACAACGGGCGUCGGGACGAUGAGUUCCUGCUCCCCGAUGGCAGGGCGGCCCCUAAUGUGGCAGCGUUCGGUUCCGCCUGGAAAGUCCCAAUCCCGGGAGCGGCCUGUGAGGACGGAUGCGCCGGGAACAGCUGCCCGGUCUGCAAGGAGAGAAAGAGGGACUUCUUCAAACAGCGCAAGUACUGUGGUCUGCUCACGGCCCCAGAUGGCCCUUUUGCUGCCUGCCACAGCACGGUCAGCCCCACUGUGUAUUUCAACAACUGCCUGUAUGAUCUGUGCCUGGGCAACGGAGAUUCCCAGGUCCUGUGCCAGAGCAUCUACAGCUACGUGACAGCCUGCCAAGAGGCCCGGGUCACCAUCCAGCCCUGGAGGAGCGCCUCCUUCUGCCCUCUGCGCUGCCCGGACAACGGUCACUACGAGCUGUGCGCCGACCUCUGUACCACUACAUGUGCCAGGAUCACCGACGCCAGGAAGUGCCCAGACACCUGCGCCGAAGGCUGCCAGUGCGACGAUGGCUUCCUCUUCGACGGCCAGGGCUGCGUGCCUCUGCAGAGCUGUGGGUGCUUCAACAUGGGGCUAUAUUACAAGCCUAAUGAGAUGGUUCUGACCAACAAGUGCCAGCAAAACUGCACCUGCACUCCUGCCCAAGGGAUGACCUGUGAAGCUCACAGCUGCUCCAGUGAUGAAACCUAUCCCUGCAAAGACCUGACAUGUCGGGCCAAGGAGACGUGCAAGAUCGAGAACGGCCGUGCAAUGUGUGUUCCCAACUUCAUUGGAACCUGCUGGGGCUGGGGGGACCCGCACUAUCACACUUUCGACGGGCUGAGCUUCAACUUCCAGGGCACCUGCACCUACACCUUGGCCAAGUACUGCGGGACCGACCCCACCCUGGUGCCCUUCACCAUCGAUGAGAAGAACGACAACAGGGGUGGCAACCAGGCUGUCUCCUACGUGCGCCUGACCAACAUCUCCGUCUACGGGUACAACAUCUCCAUCCACAAGAGGGAAGUUGGGAAAAUCAGAAUCAAUGACGUGACCACCAGCUUGCCGGUGACCCUUGAAGACGGUAAAAUCAAGCUCUACCAGAGUGGUCUCAAUGCUAUCCUGCAGACAGACUUUGGUCUGCAGGUGUCGUAUGACUGGAAUUGGCACCUGAUCAUCACCCUCCCCAGCAGCUAUUAUGGGGCCAUGGGCGGCCUAUGUGGGAACUUCAACCAAAACCGUGGAGAUGACAUGACGUCACCCAACGGUACCAGAGUCUCCUCCAUUGUGGAAUGGGCCAGGAGCUGGAAAGUCAAAGACCAGGACCCCUUCUGUUGGGAUGUUUGCAAAGGGAAUUGCCCAACAUGUGAUGAGAGCAAGCAGAAGAUCUAUGGGGGCGACGAAUACUGUGGUUUGAUCAGCAAAGCACCAGGAGGGCCCUUCAGAGAGUGUCACUCCAAAGUGAAACCUAAGGACAUUUUUGACAGCUGCAUCUAUGAUGUGUGUCUGAACGGAGGAGCCAAGAACAUCCUGUGCCAGGCACUGGAGGCCUACGCAGCCAUCUGCAAGAAACAGGGCAUCACCGUCUAUGACUGGAGGACACCAUCCGGCUGUGUCCCAAUCUGCCCUGAGAACAGCCACUAUGAUGCCUGUGGGAACGCCUGCCCAGCCAGCUGCUCCGACCAAAUUGCCAACUCCUCCUGCCAGGAGCCCUGCGUGGAGACCUGCCAGUGUGACAACGGUUACAUCCUGAGUGCCGGCCAGUGUGUCCCCUUGGGGAGCUGUGGCUGUGACUACAACGACCGCUACUACAAACCCAGUGAGAAUUUCUGGGCCGAUGAGAACUGCCGCUCUCGGUGCAGGUGUGACCCCAGCCUUGGCCUGGUGGUUUGCCAGGAGACCAGCUGCAAGGCUAGCGAGAGAUGUGCCGUGAUCAACGGGGUCCGUGACUGCUACCCAAUUAGCUACUCCACCUGCACGGCCUCCGGGGACCCUCAUUACACCACCUUUGAUGGGAAAAAGUACGAUUUCAUGGGCACCUGCAUCUACCAGCUGGCUGGGGUCUGCUCCGAGGACCCUACACUCACUCCGUUCAAUAUCAAGGUGGAGAAUAACAACCGUGGCAGCAAGGCCGUGUCCUACACCAAAGCGGUGACCUUGGAGGUGUACGGCAGAAACAUCACUGUCAGCCAGCAAUAUCCCCGCAAGAUCAAGGUGGAUGAAGUCUUCAUGGACCUGCCUUUCUACCAUGAGGAGAAACUACAGGCCUAUGUCAGUGGAGCCCAAGUCCUCAUCAAGACCGCCUUCGCUCUGACGGUGACCUUCGACGGGAGCAGCCUGGUCCGGGUCACUGUGCCCAACACCUACGCCAGCGCCCUCUGCGGACUGUGUGGUGACAACAACCAAACUGCCAGUGACGACCUGACCAUGAGGAAUGGGAGCCGGGCAGCGAACGCCGUCCAGUUCGCAGAGAGCUGGAAGGUGGGGGAAGUCCCUGGAUGCUUGCCCAGUUGCACCACGGACUGCCCAGUCUGCAGUGAGGCUCAGAGACAACCCUACAAGGGAGAUCGGUACUGUGGGGUCAUCACCAGAGGGGACGGGCCAUUCAGAGAGUGCCAUGAGAUCAUCAACCCAGCCUCCUUCUUCGACGACUGUGUCUUUGACGCAUGCCAGUACAAGGGUCACCGUGAUGCUCUCUGCAGCGCGAUCAGUGCCUACGUGACAGCCUGCCAAGCCAGGGGCAUCCAGAUAGGGCAGUGGAGAUCAGCCUUAUUCUGCAGCCCCACCUGCCCCCGUAACUCCCACUACGAGCUUUGUGGGAGCGGCUGUCCUGCCACUUGCCAUGGCCUCUCAGCACCGGAUGGCUGUGACGCUCCCUGUGCUGAAGGUUGUUUCUGCGACGCCGGAUUCCUCCUGAGUGGAGACCGGUGCGUCCCCAUCGCGCAGUGCGGCUGUGUGCACCAGGGCAGGUACUACAGGAAGGGAGAGGAGUUCUACACCAGUGCCUCCUGCCAGGAACGGUGCCGUUGCCAAGACAACGGGGUCAUCAAGUGCCGGGAGGCCUCUUGCAGAGCCAAUGAGCAGUGCAGGGUGGAGAAUGGAAUCCUAGGCUGCCACGCCGUGGGCUGGGGCAAAUGUGUAGCGUCUGGUGACCCUCAUUAUCUGACCUUUGACGGACGGGCCUUUGAUUUCCAAGGCACUUGCACUUACAGCUUAGCCAGAGUCUGCAGCAGUGACGCUGGGCUGGCAAACUUCUCCGUGGUGGUAGAAAAUGAGAGCUACGGUAAUGGGCAAGUGUCAGUGGCACGGCUGGUGGUGGUCUCCGUUCAUGGUUACACCAUCACCAUGGAGAGGGGAAGGAAGUGGAAAGUCACGGUGGACGAGGAGCUCUACACUCUCCCACUGGCUAUGCACGAUGGGAAACUUCAGAUCAACCAGGAGGGGAACAACAUCAUUGUCCAGUCUGCCUCUGGCCUCAAAGUCCUUUACGACACCUCCUAUUAUGUCCUAGUCUCCAUCCCCAGCUCCUACAAGGGACACGUGUGCGGCUUGUGCGGCAACUUCAACGGUGACAAGAACGACGACUUCCUGCUGCCCAGUGGGAGGAGCGCCCAAAACGCGGAUGAGUUUGGGGCCUCCUGGAAGGUGCCCAUUGAUGGUGCCACAUGCUCCAAUGGCUGUGGGGAAAGAUGCCCGGUCUGUGAUGCAGCUAAAACAGCGCCAUACAAGGUCGAUAGCUCCUGUGGGUUGAUCAGAGCGACAUCAGGUCCCUUUAAAUACUGUCACUCGCUGGUCAGCCCUACCGAGUAUUUCAACCAUUGUCUCUAUGACAUGUGUGCUGCCAAUGGAGCAAGAGAAAUCCUCUGCCAGAGUGUCCAGGCCUACACUGCCGCGUGCCAGGCAGCUGGAGCCACAGUCAGUGCCUGGAGAACAGCCUCCUUCUGCCCUUUCACCUGCCCAACCAAUAGCCACUAUGAGCUGUGCACUAGAUCCUGUGAUUUCACCUGUGCUGGUUUGUCCACCCCUGCCCAAUGCACUGCAAAAUGCUUUGAAGGCUGCCAGUGUGAUGCGGGCUACGCAUUCAAUGGGGAAACGUGCACGUCCACGGACAGAUGCGGCUGCGUGCGUGACGGACGCUACAUCAAGGCUGGGGAGAGCAUCAUCUCCGGUGCUUGCUCUGAGAAGUGCACCUGCCAGGCCUCAGGCAGGCUUGUCUGUGAGCCACACAGCUGCCCCAACAAAGAGAUCUGUGCGCUCCAGAAUGGAGUGCGUGGGUGUGUGAAACAGGAAGGCCGGUGCACACUGCUCCCCGGAGCCCAGCUCACCUCCUUCGAUGGCGCCUCUGGAGGAGAUCUCCGCAGUGGAGCUUACGAGCUGGCCUCUCUCUGCAAUGACAGCGCCUCCUCCUGGUUCAGGGUGGUGGUGGACAUCAGGGCAUGUGGCGUUCGGGCACUGAUGGCUGGGACAACCGCCUACAUUUUCUUCCAAGAUGCUUUCAUAGCUGUGAAAAGGAACAAGGAGACCUGGGUGAACGGGCGCCCAGUGCCGCUCCCAGUGAAGAUCUCUGAUGCUGUGUCUGUGCGUGAGUCUCAGGGCGGCGUGGCCGUGGUCCAGGCCGUGGGGGUGCAGGUUCUGUUCAGCCCCAGUGGGGAAGUGACAGUGAUAGUCAGCGAGAGCCUGGCUAACAAGCUAUGCGCAUCCUGCGGGAACUUCAACGGUGACGUCUCCGACGACCUGCAGCUGCCCAGUGGGGGGGUCGCGGGGAACAUCACUGAGGUUAUCGAUGCCUGGAAGGCCAGAGACUUCUCCGGGUGUGACGUCUAA